UUGUAAUCCGGUUCCGGUGUGACAAAUCAGUCAUUUUAGUCACAUUUUAUAGCAUUUACAUGUCCAUUUUAUUACUGUAUCUCUAGUAUUGACAUUGGCAACAAAAAAUAAUAGACCAGUGAGGUUAAAUAUCUGCUUUAGUGUAUUUUAAAUCUACUAACACAUUUCAGUACGAAUUAGUUUACCUAGCUAAAACUCGUUUUACCAACUAUUAUUUUAACUUUUUUUUAAUCAAUAUUACCCAGAAUAAUGGAUAAUAACGGAGAGAAGAGCAAAGUGACUAAACUAAGGAAUCCUUUUGAGACUUUGUUGAAAAUGCGACGAGAAGCUCCGGGGUUCAAAAGAUGCUGCUUUUGUAUACCUUUGAGGAGAGGCCUGGUCACUUGGGGAUAUUUAAAAUUGGCACUCGACUUGCUGGGGCUAUGGCUAAUGAUAUACUUAUUAGCAGUAAUAAGUAUUUUGCACGUUAUACUUAUCAUGGAAACUGUCGUUUUCGUUAUGGACAUGGUAUUCAACAUAUUAUUAAUCGUGGGUGGCCAUCUGAAAGCAGUAAAAUUGCUCAAAGCAGCUUACAUCUUCAGCCAGGUCUGGCUUGGGCUGAUAAUCCUGGCUUUCUGUUGGCAAACAUACAGCGAGGUCAGACGAGCAUUGAUCUUAAUAUCUUAUGGUAUGGAGUACGAAGAUCUCAUAGUCAUAGCACUACCCGGAUUGAGCAUUAGUUUCGUUCAAAUAUGUCUGCAAAUAUACCUGAUACUGUUGAUACGCAGUGAGGUACUUAAGCUUCAGGACCAAAGUUUGGAGAUGCAGUUCUCUAACCCUGCUGCUGCUGAAGCUCAAUGCACAAUGCACAUUGCUGACGCAAAUUAACGUAUAGUUCUUUAACCCUUCCACUCAUGAUUUGAUCAGGUCGUCAAAGUCGCAUUGAAAAUCCCAGAACUUAAGAGAGGCCCAGGCCGCCGUCCGUCGACCUGGUGGGCAAACAUAGAAAGAGACCUUAAAAGAUCCCAUGCAGAUAUUAAAAGAGACAACCCAAAACAGAGUAGCUUAACCCCAAAUAAAGGGAACAGAGAAAGAAGAAGAAGGAGAACCCCUCCACUGCUGAGCUGUUUUGAUGUCGAUUUACACAUAUUAACGUAUGGAUCAGGGACCGGACAACCCUUUCCGCGAUAAAACCCUUUCAAUGGGCGACACUUAAACACGGCUAACACAUUGAAAGACUUUCCCUUUUGAACUGCAAGCCCAUUCAUACCCUUACCUUUGACUAACCCUUACCGAAAAGCUAACCAAAAAUAAGGUUAGCUCUUAAUAAGGGUUACCCUUAUCUUUAAGCGCUUUUUAUAAAGGUUUCCCUUUGCGUGAAAGAGACAGGAUUAGUAUAUAUCUACGGUAGUGUAUGAAAAGGAAAGAAAAUACGUGCUAGUCAAAGAACGCCGCCGUCGCCGCCGACGAUCGCUCGGAUUCGAAGUAAUGUGUGCUUUAUGAACAAGGUAGACGACUUAAAUUAGCACGCUUAUAUGCUAAAAGGGAAGCCCUUUAUAAGGCUAACCCUUAUAAGCAAUAUGCAAGGUGGUGGUGAGCGGCUGAUAAGGGUUUUGUAAGGGUAUUUGGGCUACCGAUUACUCAAAUGUGGUAGCUUUAUAUAAGGGUUUUUAAAAGCAAAACAAAGGGUUUUGUCUGGCAAAGGGUAUGGUGAGUUAAGCCUUAUGCAAUACCCUUAUAAAACCCCGAUAAGGGAUAGCGGGCCGGUCCCUGGUAUGGAUGCAUCAAACUUAAAUAAGUGGGUGGAGGUGAAAAAUUGAUAGAUAAUUAUCAUAAUCAAAAUAUUUUGUAUGC